AUGUCUACCUCAACAACAGCUAUCCGUACUUUAAGAAUGCCAAAAUCCUUGAAUGAAUCCCUUAAUACAUCAGAUCAACCUUCUACAGCACCAGACGAACAUCGAUCAAUGGAGGGGGCGAAGAGAGUCAGCGAUGGCUACUCAAAGGAUCAGAGAGAUCCUCUUGCUAGUAACCAGCCAAAGCACGAGCAAGGAAUCACUUUUGCUGCACAAGACAAAUUGCCAAAGUUACCAAUACCAGAAUUGGACAGUAGCAUGACCAAGUACCUGGCAGCUUUAAAACCACUGCAGUCACCCAGAGAACACUCAGAAACCAAACAAGCGGUGGAAGAGUUCCUGAAGAAUGAUGGACCGGAGUUACACGAAAGGUUGAAGAAGUAUGCAACGGGAAAGACAAGUUAUAUUGAACAGUUUUGGUAUGACUCUUACCUUAACUUCGACAAUCCCGUCGUCCUAAAUCUCAACCCCUUCUUCUUACUCGAGGAUGAUCCAACACCUGCAAGAAACAAUCAAGUCACUCGUGCAGCAUCACUAGUAAUAUCCGCAUUAUCUUUCGUGCGUGCAGUCAGAAGAGAAGAGUUACCUCCGGAUACAGUGAAGGGAACCCCUCUCUGCAUGUACCAGUACUCUCGUCUAUUCGGCACUGCACGCGUACCUACCGAAAAUGGAUGUCACAUCGGACAAGAUCCCGAAUCCAAACAUCUCGUCGUACUCUGCCAUGGCCAAUUUUACUGGUUUGACGUUCUCGACGAAAACUCGGAUCUGAUCAUGACCGAAAGAGAUGUCUCGAUUAACUUACAGACAAUUGUUGAUGAUGCUCGACAAACCCCGAUACAAGAUGCCGCCAAGGGGGCACUCGGUGUUCUUAGUACCGAGAACCGUAAAAUCUGGUCAGGUCUGAGAGAUGUCAUGACUAGAGAGGAGGGUUCAAAUAAUGCAGACUGUCUUGGGAUAGUGGACUCUGCCCUGUUUAUUCUCUGUCUUGAUUAUGCAGAACCCAAUUCCCAAGCAGACCUAUGUCAAAAUAUGCUCUGCGGCACCAGUCAAGUUGAGAAGGGUGUCCAAAUCGGGACAUGCACGAAUCGUUGGUACGAUAAAUUACAAAUAAUCGUCUGUGCAAACGGCAGUGCAGGCAUCAACUUUGAACAUACCGGUGUAGAUGGCCAUACCGUUCUUCGGUUUGCCAGCGAUUUGUAUACAGACACCAUCCUCCGCUUCGCUCGUACAAUCAAUGGACAAGCACCCAGUCUCUGGGCAUCCACCAGUCCGGAUCCCGCCAAACGCGACCCCGCCAGUUUUGGAGAUGUGAGCACCACCCCCCACAAAUUAGAAUGGGAUAUGAUCCCCGAACUUAGCAUUGCCGUUCGAUUCGCCGAAACCCGUCUCGCAGAUCUCAUUCAACAAAAUGAAUUUCAAACCCUCGAUUUUGCGGCUUACGGAAAGAAUUUCAUAACCUCGAUGGGGUUCUCCCCCGAUGCUUUCGUGCAGAUGGCGUUUCAGGCGGCGUACUAUGGAUUGUAUGGUCGAGUGGAAUGUACAUAUGAACCAGCGAUGACCAAAGUUUUCCUUCAUGGAAGAACUGAAGCUAUACGAUCUGUAACGCCCGAAUCUGUCGACUUCGUACAGUCAUUUUGGGCUGAAAAUCCCCCGGCACAAAAAGUAGAGGCGUUGAAGAAAGCGUGUCAGAAACAUACAGCCAAUACGAGGGAAUGCGCCAAAGCGCAAGGAUGCGAUCGUCACUUGUACGCCUUGUUUAGCGUAUGGCAAAAAGCAGUUGAUGAAGAUGGUGCUGAAACUUCGAGUAGUAAUGGAUUGAAUAGUGACGGAUAUUCGAGUCCCGUCGAUGCGGAUUUGUCUCGAGAUCCAUCUGUAGUGGGUAGUCCAGGCCGAAAUUCCAUCCCAAGUGACGGCGAUGAAGCCGAGCGUCGCUCAACCCGCGCACGAGGUAGUUCCUCCCCCGGUCGACCUCAACAUUCCAUGCCCCUCCUCUUCGCCGAUGGUGGUUGGGACAAACUUAACACGACUGUCCUUUCCACCUCCAACUGCGGUAACCCCUCCCUCCGCCAAUUUGGCUUCGGCCCUACCUCCGGCGAUGGGUUUGGCAUUGGAUAUAUUAUUAAAGAUGAGGGCAUUAGUAUAUGUGCCAGUAGUAAACAUCGACAAACCAAACGAUUUGUGGAUGCUUUGGAGAGUUAUUUGUUGGAAAUCAGGAGGGUAUUGAAGGCUGUUCAGAGGAGAGGCACCAGUCCGAAGACUAGUCGGGCAAGAGAGGCAAGUGCCAAUAGACCGGCUGUGGGACAUAAGUUGAAGAGUCGAGGGAGGGUUAUCAGGGCGGCGGAGGUGGGGAAGAGGACAUCCGGGACGAUGACGCCGGCGGAUGAAAGUGCAGCUGUUAGUGAUGAUGAGGGAUUGGGUGGCUAUGGAUUUUUCGACGCAGGCAUGCUUCUUCAAGCUUUGAAAGCUAGAGGCGAAGGCCCAGACGAUUCCAACACGAGACCUUCUGAGCGAGCUAAUGCCCAUGCACGCAGGAGGGAAAUCGGAAAGAAAUUAAGGUUGAGUGAGUAUUAG